UACUCUGAUCGAGUUGACUGGAAAAUUUAUCCAAGCAAUCAGUACAUUCAUACUAGAAGUUUCAGAAAAAAGACAUCAUUUGAAUUUUCAAUCGAAUUUUAUUCCACAAUGUCUUCGAUUUCGUCUAUAUUCAAUUUUAAACGAAAACAAGUGAAAUUAGAUGAAGAUUCACAAAUUUCCGAUUUUCGCAGAAAUGCAAAACUCUGUGUCGAAUACAUAUGCGAUUUGCGAAAGAAAAUUUCGAAGAAGCGAGUGUUCCCGAACGUACGGCCAGGUUAUCUGCGGCCGCUUCUGCCAUCCGAUCCUCCAAUUGAAGCUGAAGAUUUCAAGGAAAUGUUGAGUGAUUUUGAUAAACUAAUCAUUCCUGGCACGUGUCACUGGCAACACCCAAAUUUUUACGCCUAUUUCCCUUGUGGUAACUCAUUCCCAAAUAUUUUGGCCGAUAUGUUGAGUACUAGUUUCGGUGGCGUCGGAUUCUCUUGGACAGCGCAACCAUCGUUAACUGAACUAGAAAAUGUAAUGAUGGACUGGUUAGGACGGGCACUUAAUUUACCGAAAUUUUUCCUUUUCGAGGACAGUAAGGGAGUAGGUGGUGGGUGCACCAUUUCAUCUGGAUCAGAUGCUGUAUUUUCUGCAAUGAUUGCAGCUCGACAGCGUGCAUUAUUUAAGCAUGGUUGCUAUAAAGAGGAAGAUAAUCUAAUUCACCCCGGUACAAUUUUACCGAAACUCGUGUGCUACACAUCUCGUGAAUCGCACAGUUGCGUACAAAAAGCCGCCUUUCUCAGUCUCUGCGCUAUGCAUUUGCUUGAACCGAAUGAGCAUCGAACAGUGACCGGCGAAAUUCUGGAAAAGCGAGUAAAAGAGGACAUAGCUAAUGGUCUAAUACCGUUCUUUGUCGCAUGUUGUUGCGGAUCGACAAGCGGCUGUGAUUUUGAUGACUUUUCUACGAUUGGACCGGUAUGCAAGAAAUACGACAUUUUCAUGCAUAUCGACGGAGCGUACGCAGGAAACAGUUUUAUAUUACCUGAAAUGAAAGAUUACAUGAAGGGAAUGGAGUAUGCAGAUUCAUUUAAUUGCAAUCCAUACAAGCUGUUGUUAGGUGCAAUUGAUGGUGCUUGCUUGUACUUAAAAAAUACUGCCGAAUAUAAGCGCGCUUUCGAAAUUGAUGCCACGUAUUUGAUCAAAGAGUAUGAGGAUGAUGCGGAACAGUCCAGCCUGAUCGAUUAUCGCCAUUAUGGUGUGUCGCUGAGUCGUCGGAUGAGAUCGCUAAAGAUUUGGUUUUUGUUCCGUUCGUAUGGGGUUAGCGGUCUGCAGAACUACAUCCGCAAUUUAAUUCAAUGCGCAAAAGUAUUUGAAGAUUGUGUUCGGUCCGAUCAUCGUUUCGAAGUAUGCAAUAAGGUCAUUUUGGGACUGGUGUGUUUCCGACAAAGAGAGAACAUGAAAUUUGGAAGUGAUGCGCGACAAGAUCGGGCCCUAACAACAUAUACGGACAAGCAAAAUUUGAAUCUUUUAAUUAGGAUCAACAAGUCCCGGCAACUUCAUUUGGUUCCGUGCACAUUGAAUGGAAACUUUGUUUUACGUUUUUCCGUUAAUUACGAGUUCACCACACCAGAACUGAUCAAGUCACACUGGAAGAUAAUUCAAUCUUACUACGUUACUACUCUGGAUAAGGAAUAUUUAACCGAAAUGGAUUUCACUGCCUCGAAAGAGGAGGCUACAAUGAUGGCAUUCGCAAAUAUUGUUCCGAAAGAGAAAUACGAAUCAAAUCAAAGCCAAAAACACGAAUCUUUGCCGUUGUCAUUCGGUCCUAUUGUGCUCCCCAAGGAAGAUGACCUUUCAAAAAUGUUAUCCAUGGAAAACGUACGAAUGAAAAAUGUCUCCACACAAUACCUUCGAGUCCCUGAAUAUCGGGAAGGUGCUCCGGCUGGAGCUUCAACAGCUGAUAUACGCGACCAUGCUGCAGCUUAUCCGAUAUGUGAUUUGGUAAAACCGACGGAAGAUGAUGAUGAUGAUAAGUGAUGUGUAGCGAAAGUAGAGGCGGGGCACAGAGACACAAAGAUUUUGAAAUGUUUUUGCUGCAUAACUAAAUUGUUUGUUUGAACUUUAUUUGUUUGAUGUGCUUUCGGUUAAUAAAAUUAAAAAAUUACUGUGAUAGCAAUAAUAACUCGAUUAGUUUAGAUUGUUG